AUGAAUUCUGAAUAUAUAAGAUGCCCUAGAAUGAGGCUCAGCGAGCCGAAAGGUCACUAUCCUUUCCAUGGACCACUUCUACCGGUCAAGCUUAUGAUGACAGGAUUGUCGAAAUGGCCGAUAAGAAAGUGUUUUCGUGAGUGCAGACGACCAAGGAGAGCGUGUGGGCUCAACACGAGAAGUUCGUUGAGACCUUCACACAUGUACUUUUUCUCGAAUGGGGCCCAGGAGUGGAGAAACGUCUCCGAGCAUUUUGCCAUAAAGUGGCGAGUUGGUGUACCUCCAGAGGCCUCCUGUUGCGUCUAUUUCCAUGGACGUCCACGGGAGGUGUUCCCUCUGGAGGUCCUUAUGGUGGAGUCUCCAAUUGCCAAUCACCGGAUGACCGUACCCCGCCGUCAAUGGUAG